AUCCGCUCGGUCGAAGUUCCUUGACUGCUAGAGCCAGGUCGGAGACGGUGUGUAUCGCACUGUAAUAAAAACGGAAUAUAUCCGUCAGUAGAGCUUUAGUAGCGGUCACAAAGAAACCACGUAACUAUUUCUAAACUGGGGAUCUGGCGUGACCAAGCCUUUUCUGUCAAGCAGAACCGUCAACGCGGGAAGUCUGGUCUUGCUGCGUUGUUCUAAUAUUUAGCGGUGUAGCCGCCUUUUCCGGCCACGUGACCGGUUAGAUUGUUUGAGGCCGCGCGUCUUUCAGAGUUGGCGCGUAUGUUCAGACUGUGAAUGUACUGUAGAGUCUGAGCUGAGCGCAGGGAAGUUUGCUACUGUGUACUCUCUUUUAAUCGAGAAAAUGUCUAACUGGACCAAAGACAGGCGGCAUGAGGAUCACAACAUCGAACAUGAUAAAAGGAGCUUUGGACCAUCUCGGUGGUCCCACUGCAGGAAGAGAGGGAUCAAUGGAAGUCUGCGGACCAGCAGUGAGGCAGAUGGUGUAGAAAGGGGAAGAGGCAGGCAUACUGACCCCAGCUACAACCACCCUGAUAGCAGGCAUGCUAGCUUCACGACUCCAGAGAGCGCAGGUCCAGUGUCCCGCUGUGGAAGACAGGCUGACUGGGGCAGCCAGGUGGAGGACGAUGAGAUGAGGAGGGAUGUACACAGAGAUAUGCAGCGUUACAGGAGGAGGAUACUGGGUGCAGAUGUUACCCAGAGAGAGAGAAAGGUCUCAUCUGGCUCUUCUGGGAGCUGUGACUCCAAAGAGGGAGAAAACAUGGAAACUGAUGAAGCCGUAUUACUACGACGACAGAAACAGAUCAACUACGGCAAGAACACACUGGCCUAUGACCGAUACAUCAAAGAAGUUCCUAAACACUUGCGUCAGCCAGGUGUUCAUCCAAAAACUCCCAACAAGUUUAGGAAGUACAGCCGGCGCUCCUGGGACCAGCAGAUCAAACUCUGGAAGGUCAAACUACAUGCCUGGGACCCCCCUGCAGAGGAAGGCCAAGACAAGACCCUUGAUAACAUUGAGGAGCUUGAUCUUGAUGAUGUAAUGGACAUUGAACUGGAUUUCCCAACUAUUACAGACUCCCAGAAUGCCCAGGCCUCACAGCCAGCGCACAGCCUUUCAGUGGAGGAUGAAGACUGUUGGGGAACUCCAGUCAAAGUACAGAAGACAGCGGAGCCUGAUGAGGCGUAAAUUUUGAAUCAUUUGGUUGUGUCCCCUGACAUCAGUGUACCACAGUCCACUCGGAGCGACUGCUCUGGCUGCCUUGGAAAAAUGCUGUGCUCGAAGUGCUUCACUCUGCUAUGUCUUUGGCUGGUAGUCAUUGAUUAUACUUAAACAUAAAAUUUUGUUUCUCAUCAUAAUUUUCUUCAUCAGGUUCUUGGUGUGCUCGGAGUGUAUUCUAUUUCAAGAUUUUACAUUUUUAAUCAAAUUUCAAAGUGUGUACAGGUUUCAGGAUUCGGUAUUCAGAAAAACACUUGCUUUGCCAACUAGUUUCCUGCUAGAGCGCACAUCUAGUUGUGUUGACUUCCUUUGGGUGCAAAUGUGAGAAUUCAUCCUGGAUACUCCAAAUGAAUAGAACCCGACUGAUGGAGAAAGGGAUAAUCUUAAUAGUUUAAAGGAAGCAGAGGCAGUGACUUGAUAACAAGACUUUUUCAAAUGUGUCCCAUUUUGAGUUUUCUUUGACAUGUUCGGCUGUGGUUUGUUUUUUGCAUUUUUUAAAUAGAAAUAUAACUGUUUCUUAUUGCUGUAUCUUUAAUAGUUCUUGAAAUAAAAAAACAAACUUGAA